UCCUGAGCUCCAUGAACCUGCCCCCAGACAAGAUGAAGUUGCUCAGCCAGUAUGAUGAUGAGAAGAAGUGGGAGCUGGUGUGCGACCAGGAGCGCUUCCAGGUGAAGAACCCACCAUCCGCCUACAUCCAGAAGCUGAAGAGCUACCUGGACACGGGCGGUGUGAGCAGGAAGUUCAAGCGGCGAGUGCAGGAGUCGACGCAGGUGCUCCGGGAGCUGGAGAUUUCCUUGAGGACCAACUACAUCGGGUGGGUGCAGGAGUUCCUCAAUGAGGAGAACAAGGGCCUGGACGUGCUCCUGGAAUACCUGUCCUUCGCCCAGUGCGCUAUCACGGACGGCAUGGAGAGCAUGGACAAGCUCAACCCCGCGCACAGCAGGAAGGCGCUGAGGAACUCGCGCAUCGUCAGCCAGAAGGAUGACGUGCAUGUCUGCAUCAUGUGUCUGCGCGCCAUCAUGAACUACCAGUCUGGCUUCACCCUGGUGAUGAACCACCCGGCUUGCGUCAAUGAGAUCACGUUGAGCCUCAACAACAAGAACCCCAGGACCAAGGCUCUCGUCCUGGAGCUGCUGGCCGCUGUGUGCCUGGUCCGAGGUGGCCAUGACAUCAUCCUCGCUGCCUUCGACAACUUCAAGGAGGUGUGCGGUGAGAAGAACCGCUUUGAGAAGCUGAUGGAGUAUUUCCGAAACGAAGACAGCAACAUCGAUUUCAUGGUCGCCUGCAUGCAGUUCAUCAAUAUCGUGGUGCACUCCGUGGAGAACAUGAACUUCCGCGUGUUCCUGCAGUACGAGUUCACACACCUGGGGCUGGACGAGUACCUGGAGAGGCUGCGCCUCACCGAGAGUGACAAGCUGCAGGUGCAGAUCCAGGCCUACCUGGACAACGUCUUCGACGUGGGCGCCAUGCUGGAGGACACGGAGACCAAGAACGCGGUGCUGGAGCACAUGGAGGAGCUGCAGGAGCACGUGGCCCAGGUGGGGCUGGGGGCGGCGCUGAAGGUGAAGAAGCCCAUCCAGACCAAGUUCCGCAUGCCCGUCUUCAACUGGGUGGCCCUCAAGCCCAGCCAGAUCGACGGCACCGUCUUCACAGAGCUCAACGAUGAGAAGGUGCUGCAGGAGCUGGACAUGAGUGACUUUGAGGAGCAGUUCAAAACCAAAGCCCAGGGCCCUGGCCUGGACCUCACUGCCCUCAAGGUCAAGGCUACGCAGAAGGCCCCAAGCAAGGUGACUCUCAUUGAGUCCAACCGGGCCAAGAACCUCGCCAUCACCCUCCGCAAAGGCGGCCUCAGCGUCCAGGACAUCUGCACAGCCAUCGAGACGUAUGACCAGCAAGCCCUGAGCCUUGACUUCUUGGAGCUGCUGCUGCGCUUCAUGCCCACUGAGUACGAGCGGACACUCAUCUCCAAGUACGAGCGGGAGCAGCAGCCGCGGGGGGAGCUCUCUGACGAGGACCAGUUCAUGCUCAGGUUCAGCAAGAUCCCACGCCUCUCUGAGCGCAUGAACGUCAUGAUCUUCCUGGGCAACUUCAGCGACACGGCCCAGCUGCUCAUGCCGCAACUCAAUGCCAUCAUCGCCGCCUCCAUGUCCCUCAAGUCCUCCACCAAGCUGCGCAACAUCCUCGAGAUCGUGCUGGCCUUCGGGAACUACAUGAACAGCAGCAAGCGCGGGGCCGCCUACGGCUUCCGGCGCGCGAGCCUGGUUGCGCUGCUGGAGAUGAAGUCAACGGAUCGGAAGCAGACACUGCUGCAUUACCUGGUGCGGGUGAUCACGGAGAAGUACCCGGAGCUGACCGGCUUCCACACGGAGCUGCACUUCCUGGACAAGGAGGCCUACGAGUCGGCCGUGGAGUACUUCGGGGAGAACCCCAAGACCAGCCCGCCCACCACCUUCUUCCCCAUGUUUAUGCGCUUCAUCAAAGCCUACAAGAAAGCGGAGCAGGACAUUGAGCUGUGGAAGAAGCAGGAGGCGGCUGCCAAGGAGGCGGAAUUGAGCCCCCCCGGCAGCGAGGAACCGCUGGACACGAAGCCUUCCAUCCCGAAAGCCCGGCGGCAGCAAAUGGACAUGAUCGCCGAGCUGAAGAAGAAGCAGAUGGUGAAGGAGCCUCUCAUUUACGAAGGGAAAGAUGGCGCCAUCGAGGACAUUAUCUCAGCUCUGAAAACUGUUCCUUUCACGGCCCGGACGGGCAAACGCUCGUCCCGGCUCUUCUGCGACGUGAGCUUCACAGAGGAGAGUCCCCUCUAGUGCCUGUAGACCUGCGGAACAACCCGUACCGGCGCGCCGACAAGGGCCGC